AUGAUGCAUUGUUUAAAAUCAUUAAGAGCCAUAUCAAAAAAUGUGCCGAAAUAUAGCACAGGUGUCAGAUUUCUCAGCAUAGUAGCAAAUACGCCAACAUUACAAAAGUCAAUGUCACUUAAUAAUAUCGAUAUUAAAAAUCCUGCGAAUACGGACAGUUUGAAUCGCCCGAAGGAGAAUGCUGACCUCCUACCAAAGUCUAAGAAUGAUCUCAUUAAGACGUUAUCCGAGCAGUUGAUUUUGGAGACGCAUGUAAGUUUGAAUAAACCUUCAAGAGCAGAAAAUCAACUGAAUACAAUGGAGAUUAAUGAUAAGUUAUUGUCGAACGGGUUUACGAAAGAUCAGUCCACGCAAAUAAUAACCGCAAUGAUAAAUCUGCUGAAUAAUGAGUUCUAUUUUAAAUAUAACGAUCUGUACCUUUAUGAUUUUGAAAUAAACAAGCAAUUGCAUCUAUUCAAUUUUUUGCAGAGUGAAAUCCAAUACAUUAUAAAAAACUCUAGAGAAAUUCAAUUCAACCUUCAGAAUUUGCAAAUAAUGAAGUUACAAAAGGACUUGAAUUCAAAUUUCAAUGAAUUGAAUGAACUCGUGUUGAAAAGCUUACAAAAGGAUUCAAAUAUUGAGUUCAAUAAUCAAAAAUACGAAAACAGCUCAUUGUAUAGUAAGCUAAAUUUGGAUUUGAAUGAUUGUAACAAUAAAAUAACAAUCAAGAUGCUCAGUGGUAUCAAAUACGAUAUUGAGAAUCUUCGAUGGCAUACUACUAGGAGUGGUUUAAUUGCAAUACUUUUUCUAGUGUCAUUGAUAUUAACUGGUGUCAAUGUUACUAACAAUAGAGCUAAUAAACGAGUGAUGACCCCUGAAAAAGAGACCAAAAAAGACCAAGAGAAGCAAGAUGACAAUAAUAUAUAG